AUGAAGCCGAACCUACAAUAUUUUUCCCUACUUUUUCUUCUCUGCGUAAAACCGGGUAUUGCCGGACCACGAAUUGAUUGCUUACCGGAGCCGAGUGGGAACCAAACUGUUUGUGAAUCUCGUGGAUGUAUCUGGAACCCAGUGGACAAUGAUAUUGAUGGAGCACCGUGGUGUUAUUUCAAAGAUGGUGUUGGAUAUAACCUAGCAUCUCAGAUAGGAUCUACCUACAAUCUUCGGAAGAACAAUGGACCCAGAAACCCAUGGGGUGCCGAGUUUGAGAAUAUUCAAUUACGAACUUCCACCAUCGGAGCAAGUGUCCUAAAUGUGAAAAUUGGAAUUGAUGGACGUUACGAACCACCUGUAGAUUUCCCAAGAGAAACUAUCUCUACUCCUGAAACACUCUCAUUUACCACUGCAUCAUCCGACGAUCUUUUCUGGUUCUCUGUUAUUCGGAAUAGUAGUAACCGGAAGAUUUUCGAUACCUCUCUUGGAGGACUGAUUUUCUCCGAUCAAUUCCUCCAACUUUCCACAUAUCUCCCGAGUGAAAAUGUGUAUGGGUGGGGUGAAAAUGCUCAUCAAUCUUUGAAACACAACUUUUCUCGUUACCUGACAUGGGGAAUGCUGGCAAGAGAUCAACCUCCGAAUUCUGGAAAUUUAGAUACAAUGAAUCUAUACGGAGUCCACCCAUUUUAUAUGUGCUUGGAACCCGAUGGGAAUGCACACGGUGUCUUUAUUUUCAACUCGAAUCCUCAAGAAGUUACCACCGCGCCAGGACCUUCUUUGAUCUACCGUACUAUUGGUGGUAACCUGGAUAUCUACUUCUUCCCUGGACCAACACCUGCUCUUGUCACUCAACAAUAUCUUGCUUUUAUUGGAAAACCGUUUCUCCCUGCGUACUGGGCUCUAGGAUAUCAGUUAUCCCGAUAUGGGUACAAUGGAUUGGAUGAGAUGAAACAGCGAGUUGGUGCUGUUAGAGACGCAGGGAUUCCGUUAGACAUUGCAGUUGCUGAUAUUGAUUAUAUGAACAGGUACAAGGAUUUCAGUACAAAUGAUAACUGGUCUGGAUUCGAAGAUUAUGUGAAACAGAUGCAUGGGUGGAAUAUGAAAAUGAUUCCGAUUUUCGACCCAGCAGUGGAAGCAGAUUACCUACCAUUCCAACGUGCUAUGUCUAUGGGUGCUAAGUUCAUUGAAUGGGAUGACUAUUCUCAAGUUCAACAAGACAUUCAAAAACUGUAUCCCAUGGCUAAAGACACUAAAAUAAUGUUGGGUGUCGUCUGGCCAGAUCAUCAUGUUGGAUUUCCCGACUUUUUGGAUUCAACUGGAAAGACUCAAGCAUGGUGGAGAGACGAGCUGGAACUGUAUCACAGCAAAUUGACAUUUGAUGGAAUUUGGAUUGAUAUGAAUGAGCCUGCAAACUUUGGAACCAAUGAGCUACAUCCUUGGUACUUUGAUGAUAAUGAUCAUCCAAACGAUGCUCCACUAUUCUGUCCAACUAAUGGAUCAAAUCAAUGGGAUCUUCCACCAUUCCAGACUCACGCUGUGUACUAUUACGGUGGAAAUCAGAACAACGCCUAUCUAUCUUCGAAAACUCUCUGUUUAACUGGUGUCCAAAACAACGGAACUUAUAGAUUUUACGAUGUUAAGAAUCUUUAUGGUCUGACUGAAGCAAUUCAGACUCAAGCGGCUCUGAUGGAUGUCACUGGAAAACGCGGUGCUGUCGUCUCUAGAUCCACGUUCCCUUCUGCAGGAAGAUACGCGGGACACUGGUUGGGAGAUAAUACAGCAAGAUGGGAAGAUUUGAGAACUUCAGUUAUUGGAGCACAAGAGUUCAAUCUGUUUGGAAUCCCAUACGUUGGUUCUGAUGUCUGCGGCUUCCUUGGACAAUCCAACGAGGAGUUAUGUCUUCGUUGGCAACAAAUGGGUGCUUUUCACAGCUUCUUCAGAAACCACAACACUCUUGGAGAACCCGCUCAAGACCCAGCGGUUUGGCCAUCAGUCGCUUCUGCUACCAAAACCGCCAAUCUUUUCCGCUACCAAUAUCUGCCAUAUCUAUUCAGUCUUCAUUUCCAAGCCUCUCAAAACGGAUUAACUGUUGUUCGUCCCGUAUUCUUUGAAUAUCCUUCAGAUACUGAAACAUUUGAUUUGGGAUAUCAAUUUAUGUGGGGUCCUAGAAUUCUAGUGGCUCCAGUUCUUCAUCAAGGAGCUGUCACAACGAAUCUUUAUUUACCAAAUGAUGUAUGGUAUUCGUUGUUUGAUUACAAGUACGGAAGUCAAAUAGAUGCCGGAUAUAUUACAGUUCCUUCUCCAAUCACCUACAGAAUUCCAGUUUUUGUGAGAGGAAGUGCCGUUCCACGUCAAACCCCAACUACUACUACCACAAUGAGUCGUCACAAUUCAUUUGAGCUAUUGGUGGCUCCUUGCCAAAUGGGAAGAGCCGUCGGAGUAUUGUACUGGGAUGAUGGACAGAAAAUUGUUGACUCUUUUGAUACACACGAUUUCCAUCAAUUCAAUUUCAACUUCAAUUCUACUAGCAGUGGAGCGCAAUUGACAAUUUCACGAACGAGAAUGGGAACAGUUGCUCUUCCAACUAUGGACAUCAUCGAGAUUUUCAACUAUCCAUCUCCACCAAAUUUCCGUUCUUUUACAUUGAAUGGGUCAACGGUCAACAUCAAUGUUCAGUCAUCAACAUACUCAGGAAUAACCAAAAUUUUAUACAUCUCCACAAAAAAUCUGAUUGAUCUUACAUCGUCGGAUGUUAUCAGUUUGGUGUGGAGUAAUGUUUUGAAAUGA